GUACACUGGACAUUACUUCAUAACCACGCUGCUCUACUCGUUUUUCCUGGGGUGCUUCGGCGUGGAUCGGUUCUGCCUGGGCCACACCGGGACCGCCGUGGGGAAGCUGCUGACGCUGGGAGGACUGGGGAGCUGGUGGGUUGGGGACCUGAAAGGACUGGGGAUCUGGUGGUUUGUGGACCUGAUCCUCCUCAUCACCGGAGGGCUGAUGCCCAGCGACGGCAGCAACUGGUGCACGGUGUACUGA